CACACACACAAUCACCCCCCCCCCCCCCACACACACACACGCGCACACAAUCCCACGCACACAAACACACGCACCAAUCCCACGCACGCGGGCGCACAAACACACACAUACACAGAGAUCACGCUGACAUGUAGCCUACUAUGACUUUGUUGCUUACGCGCAAAGGAAGAAGCAGGCAAGAGGAGAGUGAGAGUCUUGUUGCAUCACUUUUAGUGAAGGCUUUUCUAAUCUGGAGCUCGGAGGAGCAGCAUGAAGGAAGAAGAUCUGAUCUGAGGAGGAACAGGGCGAACUUGGGAAAAACAAAUCCCGGGAUAUCAUGAACUCAUGGGUUGUGUUUCAUUCUUAUAAGAACCAUCUUCAACGGAUUGACAUUCAAAACAAGUGUUUGGGGAGAGAAUGACGACCACUGAGCCCAGUAGAGCAGCCAGCCCUGUGCCCAGCUCCUCCUCAUCCCCCAGCCAGGCGCCCUGCUCCGCCUGGCCCCCCCUCGCCUGCCUCCAGAGGAGGAAGGAGAAGCUGUGCCGGACCGACCUGCCGGUGCGCUCGGCCCCGGGGGUGUGGCUCCUGGUGGGCGUGGGCGUGGUGCUGGUGGGGAUGUGCGUGGCGGUGGCCGGCUACGCCUCCGCCUCCUCUGCGCCCAAGCCCUUGCAGGGCGGCCGUGGGACGUCCCACUCCGAACGCAUGAAGCUGGCCGGGCCGGUGGUGAUGGGCGUGGGCCUGUUCAUCUUCAUCUGCUCCGCCACGCUGCUGUACGAGAACCGUGACAGCGCGCUGCUCACACUGCGGCCGGCGGGGCCCGGCGACGGGGCCCCGGUGCUGGGGGACGAGGAGGAGGGCUGCUCGCCGCGGCGGCCCUGCUGCAGCUGCCGGGACCGCAGACACCGGCCCCACCGCCGCUGCUCUGGGGACCCGGAGCAGGGGUCCUGGGCCUCGUCGCUGUCCCUCGCCCCGUCCCUCUGCGGGGACCACAGCGAUGAGGACCACCAUGAUGUGGAGCCGGGAUCAUCCAGCCCCGGGAGAGGUCACGGGGUCAUCGCGGUCUCCCUCGCUCCGGGGGGGCAGGGCGGCGGACAGGGGGAGUCACCGGAUAGCGGAGAGGAGCCCCCCGGACCCUCCUCCCAAACCCUUCCCUCCUCCCCCCUGGACUCCUGCAACUCCAGUGAGAUCGACUUCAACAUAAGAACCCUCCUCACCCCUCCCCUCCCCUAG